AAUGAUGUUAUCAAGAAGUUACUGGAAGCUGAACCGCCUAUGCUACCUGCUUGUCCAGAUCCAGAAGCCGAAGACUCUGGCAUACGAACUAUAACUAUAAUCUGUGAAAUGGUAGAAAGAGAGUUAGUUAUGGUAAUUGAUUGGGCGAAAAGAAUUCCUGGGUAUACCAGUCUUUGUUUGAACGAUCAAGUAGUAUUAUUGCAAGCAUCCUGGCUUGAAGUAUUUAUGAUUGAUCUAGCGUUCCGUUCGAUGCCAUAUGAUAACAAACUUGUUUACGCAUGUGAUAUGGUUAUGGGACAUAAGCAAUCUCGUGCGGCUGGGUUAGACGAAAUAAAUAGGCACGCUUUUGAAUUGGUCACUAAGUAUAGAAGCAUUAGUAUGGAUAAGCAAGAAUUUGCUUGCUUAAAAGCGAUUGCGCUAGUUAACUCCGAUUCAAGAAAUCUAACCGAUGUCAGUCGUGUAGAGUCGGUUCAAGGGACUUUAUAUCUGGCACUUCAGCGGUAUACAUUGUUGAAUUACCCCGAACAACCUUUGCGAUUUGCUCAAUUAUUAAUGACUUUACCAGAAUUAAAGGCAAUUAGCUCUAGGGGAAUAGAAAAACUUUUUAGUAUCAAAGUCGCAGGAGAGGUACCAAUGUACAACCUAUUGUUAGAAAUGUUGGAAGCG